AAUGCUCCCUGGGCCCAGGAAACAGAAAGCCAAGCCCGCGGACCACAGGGCUCUCGCUGGGACAAGGUCCUGAUGGGAGUCUUCCUUAUGUAUGCGGGUAGGGAGAAGGAGAGGGGCUUUGAGCCUAGAGUCCCUGGGAUCCCCCAUAAGCCAGUUUCUGCCGGGGCCUGAGCCCUGCACCAGCCUAGGGGAAAGUAAGACCCGGGAGAGGCCCCAGGGCGGGGGAAGGGGGAGCGGUGGCGGGGAGCUGCGGGCGGACGGGAGAUUUGUGAGUCGCCCCUCCCCUCCCCGCAGGGAUCCCGGGCAACCACACAGCUGCCCCUAACUCCGACUUAAUUGGCUCUGCGAGCUCCGAAUUGAAGAGAGGCCAACUCCCAAACAAAGACGCGGCCCAGCUCCGGGCUUCUGGGCGAGGCCGACCCGGCUGGGAGGAACGGAGCCUGGGGAUCUGAGGGGGGGCGAGCGGAGAGGGUGGGCGCUCGGGAAGCGGGGCGGGGCGGACGGGCAGGAAGUGCCGGGGCGCUGGGCUGCAGCCGGGCGGCCAGCACCCCGACCCUGUCCCGCUGGGAGGGCCCGGAGCGCCGCCGCGCCUCCCGAGGCUUCGGCUCCCGUCGCUGCGUGCGGACAUCCCGCGGCCCGCGGGCUGGGCCCAGCAACCAUGGCCCAUUACAAGGCAGAGCAGGAUGACUGGCUGAUUGUCUACCUGAAGUAUUUACUCUUCGUCUUUAACUUCUUUUUCUGGGUGGGCGGGGCGGCUGUCAUGGCCGUGGGCGUCUGGACCCUGGUAGAGAAGAGCGGCUACCUCAGCGUCCUGGCCUCCAGCACCUUCGCUGCGUCCGCCUACAUCCUCAUCUUUGCCGGGGCUCUGGUCAUGGUGACAGGCUUCCUGGGCUUCGGCGCCGUCAUCCGGGAGGAUAGGAGCUGCCUCUCCACGUAUUUCUGCCUGUUGCUGGUGAUCUUCCUGGUUGAGCUGGUGGCGGGGGUUCUGGCCCACCUUUACUACCAAAGGCUCAGUGACGAACUAAAGCAGCACCUGGCCCGGACUCUGGCCGAGAACUACAGGCAGCCCGGAGCCGCGGACAUUACAACGUCCGUAGACCGUCUCCAGCAGGACUUCAAGUGCUGUGGGAGUAACAGCUCUGCCGACUGGCAGCACAGCACCUACAUCCUGUCUCGGGAGGCCGAGGGCCGCCAGGUGCCGGACAGCUGCUGCAAGACGGUGGUGGCACGCUGUGGCCAGCGGGCCCAUCCCUCCAACAUCUACAAGGUGGAGGGAGGCUGCAUCACGAAGCUAGAACAGUUCCUGGCUGACCACCUGCUGCUCAUGGGGGCGGUGGGCAUCGGGGUGGCCUGUCUGCAGCUCCUUCCAGCCCCGCCCCCACCCCACCCCAGCAGAGAGUUCCAUGGAAAGCAAAGCCGGGGCUGUAGCAGCAGCUGGCGUGCAGAACCUGCCCUGGUGAGGCUCCUCCCAGAUCACCGCGCGGCCCGGCCACGUCCGCCUGUGUGCCCAGGGGAUCUAGCAGCAGCCUCGCCCUCGGGGCUCUACCCGCUGGAGGGGGGCACCCGGCAACCCGGGACUGGUUAUUCCAUCUCUGGGCCCCAGGUCCUCAUUUGUAAAAUGGGGCUAAUUAUCCCUAGUUUGGUGAGAGGAUUAGCAAUAUAUAUGUAAAUCACUUGGCUCAUCGCUGAGCAGAUAGCAGGUGUUCAAUAAAUGGUAUCCAUCAUUAUUUGAUCAUUUCCACGUGGGCACAUUGUCUCUCGAAAAAGCCUUCUCAGAAAGUUGUUUCCUGCCUCUCCACCCCACUGGUUCCCAGGCAGGCCAGGAGCCCCGGGGGGACAUCAGACGCCCCCUCUCUGCACUUCCCUAGCACAGGCCUUCUGCUGCACAUACUGAGCUGGGCAGUUGCCCCCGGGGCCUGAGGAAGGGCUGCUGUGUGCUCCAGCCCCUGGGUCCACUGAAGUUUCCAGAAACCUGCCGUCUGCUUCAGGUGUGUGGGACCUGUGCAGCGUGAACACUGACCAGGCCGGGGCCACAUUCUCCACCCCUUUCUUCCUGACCUCUCUGGCCUUGGCAGCCUGUAGAAGCUGAGGACAGGGCCAGUGAGGCCCGGGUCAGGGAGGGAUCUGCCAGUACCCCAAGCCUAAGGUCAAGGUGAAACAAGGGGGGAGGCAGAUGCUGCCCAAGGGACCAUCUUGUCAGGCAGGCUGCCAGCGGGCCUGCAGAGGCUUCCUCCUCACACACACACCCCCAUGAAAUCUCGGUCCCCCUCAGCUCACUGUCCCUCAGAAGGAGCUUCCUCUGGCCUCCGCUGUGGGCUCCACCAUUGUCCAGCCUCUCCCCUCCUUCCGGCUCCUGCUGGCGCUACGGCAGCCAAGCCUCGGUCACAGCUCCCUCUGCUGGCCGAUGCUGGAACUAAGCUCCCCAAACUCAGGUUGGCCGCCAGCCGGGAGGAAGGGCUCAGGCCUGGCCUGGGCCCGGGCUCCCAGUCCUCGUGUACCAGAGCAGGCACCAGGCACCUUCCCCACCCAUGCCCCCAGCCUGGUCCUUCCAGGACCCCCAAGGCUCAGAUAAGGCGGUGUCCUGCUUCCCUGGUCUCCAGGACCAGAGGAGACCUUGCCAUGAAGUCAGAGGGCCUCCCUCUUAGUAUGUGACCUUGAGGAAGUCACAUUCCCUCUCUGAGCCUCGGGUUUCUUUCCUAUAAAACAGAGGAGGCGGACGUUUUCAAGCCUUCCGUGAAGAGGCAGUCUUUUCUGAUCUGCGGAAGUCUCACCUAGAUGAGACAUGGGGAGGAGCUGCUCGGGUUGAAGCAGGGGUUGGGCUCUAAGGUUCCAUGAUUUUAGGUGUGGAUGCCUCAGUGAGACUCAUGUGUUGCAAUAUUCUAGAAGUUCAAAGCACGUCUUGUAAACGCUGUGAAUGCCAAGCAGAAAAUGUGACUGUUUGGGGUUUGGCCCCGUGGUGGUAUGGACCAGACAUCAAUAAUGGUGGUGGGCAGGAGGGACACAGGAUCUCCACAGAGCCUCCGUGGCCGCAGGCUUCAACCUUGGCUGUACAAGGGGGCCACCUGGCAAGCUUUAGAACUGUCCAGGCUACACCCCAGCACCGUCAAAUCACACCAUCUGGGGCUUGGCACCCAGACACCAACAUCCUGUAAAGCUCCCUGUUCCAUGUGCAGCCAGGCUGAGAACACUGGCCCAUGUGAGUGACAGGAGCCAUGGGGCACCUGGAAGUCAGACGUGGGAGAGGUCAGGGGCCAGGAGAAGAUGGCACCAUCACUGAAGUCCUUAAGCACCCAAAGGCAGGUUCGGGGUCAGGGGGCAAGGGGACAUUCCCAGGAGGGACCAGAGGACAGACAGGAGCCACGGGUAGAAUUUAUAAGGAGACAGACAGAAAAAUUUGUUAACAAUGGGAAUUUUCUAGCAGCAGUUCCUGCUCAGCACAAAGCUGUGUGUGGCUGCAGGUGCAGCAAAGCCGGGGGUCUGGCCAGGACACUGCAGCGGGGCGCCCUGCCCUUGGUAGGCGGCUCGUCCCUCCCACGCUGCAGCCGGACAUUCUGGGCAUGCACCUGUUCCUUCCAGCAAGACCCUGCAGGGCCCCUCUGUCCACCCCAGGCAUGGGAUUCACGACUCGGGAUUUUCAGAUUGGAAAGGGAUAACUGGGGCACUGAGGUGCCUCCAAAUCAGACUCUUCCUUCUAGAAGAUGCAGUGAGCCCUGGUCGUAUGGGUUCAGGCUCAGACUGUCUGGGAUGAGGCCUGGCCGUGGGUGUUCUUUAAAGCCCUGCAGGCAAUCCCACUGUGCACCUGGGGUAGAGAACGCUGGGCCCACCCUGUUCCUAUGCCUCUGAAGACACCCAGCCCCAUGGUGUACUCACCGGCUCACGGUCACACAGCCACCUGCUUCCCCUCUUAUGGACGGACUCUGGCAGGGAAACUUCUGUCCUGAAAGGAUGUAGUGGCUCAGCUCCCUUUCCUACUGCCCUGCUCACACACACACUCUGGAAGCCUCCACGCAGGGGCUGAAGGGAGAGCUGCUCUGCGCCCAGUGCCGGGCCCACAAGUGGGCAGGAUGUGUCCCCUUCUCCCAGCAAGCUUUCACUCAAGGGAGGGGACACACAGAACAUGGGUUGUCGCCUGCAGUCAGGGGUGCUGUGCAAGUGUGAGACUUGGUGUUUGGGGGAGCUCAUAGGAGGCUAUAACCUGUCAUGGGCAGUCAGGGAAGGCUUCCUGGAGGAAGUGGUAGUUAAAUCUUGAAGGAGUCUGAGAAGAAGAAUCAAGAGGGGGAAGAGUGGUAGCGUGAGGGAAUUGGAUUUGUACAGCCCUGCUGGCUGCUGUGGGGGAAGAGCUUUAUCCUGAGGGCUCAGGAGAGCCACUUUCUGGCCUCUCAAAGGCUCAGGGUGUGGAAGGGGAACCGUGAUUUUGUUCCUAUCAUCCUCGUUUUUAAAGACUCUCUCCAGGGUAGGCUGUCAACCAGUGAAUAGUCUGGAGGUUUUCCUAUUGAUAAAGGGAGCUUUGAGGUUCAGAGAGGGAUAUAACUGUGCCCAAGUUCCCACAGCCCCAAAGAGAAAUGACCCUACUCCCACUCCGAGGUUCCAGACUGGAAUGUCACAGAGCCAGGAAAAUUCACAAGAUAGCCAACAUUGGGGUCUGCAGGUCAUUAAAAGGGAAACUGAAAGAUCAUAUUGGCUUGGCUUCCUGGGACCUCCCUGGCCCUUCCUUGAUGCUCUUGAUAACAAUCAGGUAUUGGCCCCAAAAUCUCAAAAGAACCUGAAAGCACACCCCCUCCCUGUUCAAAUGGCCCCAUCAGGGACAAAUGCUGUACCUAGGCAGGCUGCCGGGAGAGGGCGCCGGGCACCAUGCAGCCCUGCUCCCACCGGCUGGGUCACGCACCACCCCCAGCCAGUCCCCACCCUUCCUGCCUCUGCGCUCAACUUGUCCCACAUUUUCUCUGCUCAUCCUGCUGGCCACCUGAAGCCACUGGUGCUUCUCCAUCAGGAAGGAGACACUGGGGCUCGCUCAGGGAUCAGAGGGCAUCCAGUACUCCUCUGUACGAAUCAGGGUGCUUGUGUGUGUGCACAUGUGUGUUGAUGAGUGCAUCCUUGACCCCUCUGCAUGUGUCGGAGGGUGGGGGUGGUGUGUGUGGACACGCAUGAUAAGAUUCUGGCCCAUACGCCUUCCCCGCUCAUGUGCCUUCCCUGGGAGGAAGCUCCACUCCCCCAAGCCCCUGGCACGGACCAUACACCAUAGAAGAUGUGGCCACAAGUCUGUGCUGGGCCAACUCUUCCCAUAUGGCCUCCCUCUCAGCAAGAGCCAGAAAGAUCCAGGUAACCGCACAGAUUAGCCAUCAAAGCACAAGGCGGGGACAGGGAAGAGGGCGUGCCUCACGACGCCUGGGUGGCCUGGCUGUGAUGGCCCCUGCUAAAGCCUGUGGGAGAGGAGACGACCUGGCGGGCCACCUUCAGCUUGGGGCCCCGAGUCUAGAUGUGGAUUAGCACAGCUUUGAGUACCGAGUCUGAAAGCUGGAAGCUGUGCGCGCGGGGCCCCACCAUCCUCCCAGGCAGGCAUGGAGAGUGCGGGAGAAGGGGCGAGAAGCAGCGCUCCCCCUGGGCCCCCUCCUUAAGCCAGCCUUGCAAGGAGGAGCCAGAUGCCUGCGAGCACCUAGGCGGCUCCACCAGCCUCCCCUCCUCCCACUGGUCAGAGCUCCAGGCACCCCCAGACAUGCUCUGGCAAGAUCCGGUCAGCAGCAGCUGUUGGAAACAUUUGGGAGCAAUGGGGGCGUGUUCCCCGUCUCUAGGGAAGUCCACCUUUGCCCACGUGCCACAGGAGAGUCACGUGGCUGCUUUCAUGGCACCUCCGCCCUGUGUGCAGGGAGUCGGGAUCCAAUGGCAUCGCUGUCACAGCAAGACCAUUGUCAUGGGCCUCCUGGGCCUGACACAGCCCCAGCUUUAGAGAUCAGCAAAGUGAGGCCCUGCAGGGGGACAGUGACUUUCCUGGACUAUCCUGCUUUGGGCAGGAUGCUCUCAUGCCUCCUUGUUCAGCUAGUGGACGUGACAAGGGGCUGUCAGGCCGGCUCCCUGGGCUGGCGCGGGCCGCGUUGCAAGCUGACUUCCAGGGUGAGUUGGUGACAGCUCUGGAUGUCUCUCAGUUUCCCCUGCGGCUUUUGUCCGUCAGAGAUUUGACUACGAACCUUAGUUCUGCUCUGGAGUCUGAGAGCAGCAAGAUACAGACAGAAUUUGUCCUAGAGAAGAACAGCUUCAGACAGCCGUGAGGAAUGAAACGAAGACCCUGCAGGAUCUAGUUAAAUUAGACCAUCUCUGGCGGCCGCAAACCCGUAGUGGACGGCUUGUUAGAAAUGCAGAAUCUCCCAGCCCUACCCCAGGCCUCCCGAGUUGGAAUCUGCCCUUUGUCAAGGUCCCCACGUGUGCACCCUAGUGGGAGCAGCCUGCCCCAGGGCAGUCCGGGGAGAGCAGCUUCCUGGGCUUCUGACUUCUCUCUGCUCCUCUGCUCUCUC